AUGACAUUGGCGGGAACUUAUACUCGUGCUGGAGGCUUCGACUGGAUCCUAAACCAAACCAAGUAUGAGAGACGCAAGAACAUGCGUGGAAAAAUGAUUUCCGUCGGAGUUGCGCUUCCAUCUUUCAAUUCGUUGGAUGAUCCGAAUUUAUUGAAUCCUUAUUACGAAAGAGACAAGGACUACUACGGUAGGAGAGAUUAUCAGACGUGGCAAAUCUUGGCUGAUAUACACAAUUUCACGACAGAAUAUCACGUCACGAAGAUAUUUGGCAAGCAAAGCAACAAAUCGCACGCUCUGUUCGACGGAUUCGUGGGUUUACUCCAAAACUCAACGGUUGACAUGGGCUUUAGUCUACUCCGAGUGAAAGAGAGAGAAAAAGUCGUGAAUUAUAUCAGAACUGAUAUCAAUUUACCGCCGUACAGUAUAGCAUUUGUCUCCCUUCAUCCAAAGAGUUUUUCCCGUUGGCGUGCUCUUCUCGAACCAUUUUCGGUCCGAACUUGGAUGUGCAUUGCCUUCAUCCUGGUGAUCUCGACUAUUGUUUUGGGAGUUAGUCUAAGUUUCGAUAAAAACCACAGUCCAUACCUAAGCGCUACAAUUUUCACUUUUGCCGCCGUUGCUCAACAAGGGCUGGACUUGCGAAAACCUAGACGUGCAACGAAUCGAUUUCUGAUCCUCCUUACCCUGUUGUUUGCGUUCAUGAUAUACAAUUACUUCAACACGGCGCUACUCACUGCUCUUCUGUCGACCCCACCAACUACAAUCAACAAUCUACAGCAGCUGAUUGAUAGUGGGAUCCCGUUGUCCAUCGAAAACGUGCCCAACAAUGAGGCACUUUUCAUCAAGACUUUCAACAUUUCCAUUCUGAUGAAAAUCUACAAUGAAAAACUGCAGCAUCCGAGUGGUUUUUUAUCCGUGGAAGAUGGUCUGGACAAAGUUCGGGCAGGGGCUCUGGCAUUCGAAACCAACAAGCGACAACUCUACUACCAGAUCGAAAAGCGGUUCACGGGCAACGAGAAAUGUUUGGCCAAAGUCAUAGACGCGUUCCCUUACAGAUUAUCGCGGGCAUUGACCAUACGCAAAGAUUUACCGUACAACGAGUUCAUAUCCACAACAUUAUUGCUUCUUAUCGAAAGAGGCAUUACGGAUUACAUUGACGAGCUAUGGGAUAUACAGCCGCCGAAUUGCAUGAGCAGAGAUUAUAUUCCAGCUGGACUCACCGAACUGUUAAUGGCUUUCUGCAUACUGGCUCUGGGAUUUGUGCUAGCAAGCAUUAUUUUAUUGUUAGAGAUUAAAAUGCAGGCUUACUUGCAUGCUUAG